UCAGCUCGCAAAUGUUCGCAAGACGGCACGUUCCUUCCACCAGGCACGCCCCCUUCCCUUCCGUUACCGCCUCCCCCUACCGACUGGUUGCCCUUCACGUCGAGGGUAGCAUUCGAAACAGCCGACUUCCUAUAUCGACGCGUCCAAAUGUCCGCAGGCAACAUCGACUUCCUAUGCGAAUUAUGGGCGUGCUCACUUGCUCAAUACGGCGCUGACCCACCGUUCCAGUCUCACGAGAUGCUAUACAAGACCAUUGACUCCUCAAAGCUCGGCGACAUCCCCUGGCAGUCGUUCUCUGUCACCUAUCAGGGCCCGCGGCCGGCCUCGAACGUGCCACCCUGGAUGGAAGCAGGCUAUGACGUCUGGUUUCGUGACCCUCGUAAGGUUGUCGAGAACAUGCUUGGACGCCCCGAUUUUCAAAACGAGCUAGACCUCACGCCGUAUCGUGACUACGACAAAAAGGACAAUCGGCGCUAUGAGAACCUCUUCUCUGGGGACUGGGCUUGGAAACAAGCGACAAAGAUUUCGAAAGACCCGAAUACCCACGGUUCAACCUUCGUCCCGGUCAUCCUCGGGAGCGACAAGACUACGGUAUCUGUUGCCACCGGCAAUACGGAGUACUACCCUCUCUAUGCAUCCAUCGGGAACGUGCAUAAUGGUACCCGCCGUGCUCGCCGAAACGCAGUUGUCCUCAUUGGCUUUCUUUCCAUACCCAAAACUAACAAGGCUUUCUCGGGUGACGCCAAGUUUCGACACUUUCGUCGGCAACUAUAUCACGCAUCUCUGUCAGCCAUACUCCAACCCCUCAAGGACGGCAUGACGAUGCCUGAAAUCGUGCGAUUCGGUGAUGGCCACUACCGACGUGUCAUAUACGGACUGGGGCCAUACAUCGCAGAUUACCCAGAGCAAGUACUCCUUUCUGGUAUUGUACAGGGCUGGUGUCCAAAGUGUUUUGCCUUCCCGGAUGAUCUCGACGGAGGAGAUCCGCUUUUGCGAACCCAGGCUCUCACAGAAACGUACGUUCGGGCGUUCCGCCCAACCACCUGUUGGGACGACUUCGGUAUCAUUGCGGAUGUUGUGCCUUUUACCAACGACUUUCCCCGAGCCGAUAUCCAUGAGCUCAUUGCUCCGGACAUCCUUCACCAACUCAUCAAGGGCGUUUUCAAAGACCAUCUCGUGGACUGGGUUGUCGAAUACAUCAAGGCCGAGCAUCCAGCUGGCGACGCUGCAGAUAUUCUGGAUGAUAUAGACCGGCGCAUUGCCGCAAUUGCGCCAUUUGCAGGGCUCCGGCGCUUUCCGCAAGGUCGCGGAUUCAAACAAUGGACGGGCGACGACUCCAAAGCGUUGAUGAAGGUCUACAUUGCCACCAUCGAAGGGCAUGUCCCCACCGAGAUUGUCCGGACCUUUCGGGCAUUCUUGGAGUUUUGUUAUACUGUCCGCCGCGAUGUCAUAACUGAGGACGACCUAACACAACUCGAAGACGCUCUAAGUCGAUUUCAUCACUAUCGCACCGUUUUUGUGGACAACGGCAUUGGUAAUCCAGCAUCGCUCCCCCGCCAACAUGCGCUCCCACACUACAUCUACAUGAUUCGGCAGUUCGGCGCUCCCAAUGGGCUCUGCUCGUCAAUUACCGAGUCUAAACAUAUCCAAGCAGUCAAAGAGCCAUGGCGCCGAUCGAGUCAUUUCAACGCGCUCGGUCAGAUGCUAGAAACGAACCAGCGUCUUGAUAAGCUCGUCGCUUGUCGCGUCGACUUCGAUGCUCGUGGCAUGCUCGAGGACGACCUCGCAUCAGUAGCACUUCGCGACGCCCUUGCACGUCGUGCCAAACGACUAUUGCAGAACUCAUUCGAAGAGGCCAGCUCUCCCUCCGACCACCUCCUCAUUUGUGAGGGUCGCACACGCACACUCGAGGAUAAAGACUGUGCGGAAGCUGCUGGGAGCUUGGUGAGAGCGGUCGCGAGAGUCAAUGGAAAGGAGUUACUUGCGGAGGUGAAACUAGCGACAACGCGAGCCCGAAAGCGGGCAAGAACCCUUCCCGCCCUCGCCGCCGAACUCUCCACCCCCAACCUUGUCGCCUUAACUCGCCGCUUCCUAUUCGAAUACCUCAACCCCACUGAUUACCGCCUCAAAUUCAACAUCCCCAUCCCUAUAGCAGAGUGCCCGCCUGCACCGAGGAAGAUCAAAGUCGUUAACUCGGCCAUAUCUACGUUCCGAGCCCCCAGCGAUCAGUGCGGCUCCGGCGGUCUCAAACGCGAGCGGAUCCGCUCCACCCCCCUUUGGCGUAGUGAAGCACCACGGCACGAUUGCGUGCUCACCAUCGUGGACGAAUCCCGACCUGGGACGCUUUCAAUGGAAGUCGCCCGCGUCUUGGGGUUCUUCAGCUUCGUGGUGGAUAAGAAGGAGUUUGAGUGCGCGGUUGUUCAUUGGUACGAAUACUACAGUGACGAGCGGGACGAGGAUACUGGUAUGUUCAUUGUUCGGCCCAUGUAUACGCCCAGCAAGGCCCGUCAUCUCGCCGUCAUUCACGUUGAUACCAUGGUUCGAGCAGCUCAUCUAGUCCCAGUAUAUGGGAAAGACUUCGUUUCGGAAGGACUCUCGCACUAUGAAUCUUAUGAUACAUUCGACGCCUUCUACCUCAAUCGUUAUAUUGAUCACCACGCUUUCGAACUGUUGUAGUUUAUAGUAAUAAAUUUGUUGACUUUUCA